UCUCUUUUCAUUUACUUUCAGCUGUACUUUUACAGAAGAAUGUUGAUCUAUGUUCUGUUGACCAUUGUAACUGGGAUCGUGUUUGGUCAAGAUCCUUGUUCUGAUAAGGUAUAUAGUAUGCUCCCUGAUUUAUCCAAACGAAGUCCGUCGUUUCUGGAAGAUUCAGUCCCUCUUUGCGAUAAAUAUCUCUACAAGAAAUGGUAUAGGGCUGGUGACUUCUAUCAGAUUCCAACGACUGCACCCGAACUCAUAUCCUGUGGAACACUGUACCCGUACUGGAUGGACGGUUCUCUGCCUGUAGGUGGAAGCCUGUCUACAGUCAAGAUGUGUCGAGUUGGAUUUGAUUCAAACUGUGAGAAAUCGCAUAACAUCCGUAUGAAAAACUGCGGACUCUACUCUGACACCAUUAGAUGUUUGCAAUGCUGCUUACUGUUUCGAACGGAGCACAUCAUGUGUAGAUGAAGUGCCCUCUGGUGUUUCAGUGGCCUAUCACAAUGUGUCUUGGAAGACUUUUGGAAAGAACAACUCAAAGUUCAUAAAACACGAACCUACUGUUAACCUGAUCUGCAGUUUUUUGCCACUAAGCAAUAAAGUUUUUUUUUAUGAGGUCACUUGGUAUAUUGACAACACAGAAGCAUUACGGAAUCAAACAGUUACAGUGGAUGAUAUGAAGAACGCGAUUCUUAGUGCGAAGGACAUUCUCAACGCCAAAAAAAGGCAGGAUCUAUGAUUCAUUGUGUUGUUGGGGCGAAGCAAAAAGCAACAGGACAUCCAUGUAAAUUUCAGUCUAGUGCUCCUUUCUUUGCUGGCAUAAAAGU